UAGCCAUUCUUUCACUCUUUCCUUUGACAGACCUACUUCGAAACCUGCUAACAGCACUUUCCUAAUAUUCCUUGAAAUAUCAUGCGUUUCUCUACUUCCCUCGCUGCAUUGGCAGUGACAGCUCAACAAGCUGCAGCGUACUACAAGGGCUUCAACGUCGGUGCCAACAACCCCGACGGAAGUUGCAAGACCAGAGAGCAAUGGGAGGAGGCCUUCAAUAAGUUGAGAGGUCUGCCGCAGGACAUUAACACAGUCCGCCUCUACGCAUCGAGCGAUUGCAAUACUCUUGCAAACGCGGUACCAGCUGCUCAGAACACUGGCACUCAAAUCCUUGUUGGAGUCUGGACUGAGGAUGCUGCCCACUUCGGCGCAGAGAAGGCCGCUCUCGAAUCAGCGAUCAACACCUUCGGCCACGACUGGAUUUUGGCAAUCUCGGUCGGCAGCGAGGAUCUUUACCGCGGCGAUACAGAUGCCAAUACUCUUGCCCAGCAGAUCUACGAUGUGAGAGGAAUGGUGAGAGCAAUGGGUGUUGAGGCCGAGGUUGGACACGUUGAUACCUGGAACGCUUUCACCAAUGCCGCGAAUGAUCCUGUGAUUCUUGCUUGCGAUUUUAUUGGUCUCGAUGCAUACCCGUACUGGGAAGGUGGUUCGAUUGAAGAGGCAUACGACUUGUUCUUCAAGGCAUACCAAGCUACGAAGGACCAUGUGCAGUCGGUUGGAAGUGGUGCCUGGGUAUGGAUCACCGAAACCUCCUGGCCAGUCACUGGGGACAACUUCGGCAACGCCGUUCCUUCUGUUGCCAAUGCCCAAAAGUUCUGGCGCUCCGUGGCCUGCGAACUAUUUAACGAAGCGCAUGUGUUCUGGUAUGCCUACCAGGACUACAACGACUCUCCGUCUUUUGGCAUCUUCGACUCGAACGGCAACGCCAUCUACGAUUUGUACGCAUGCUAAGUUGACUAGCCGCCCUGGGUUCUAUAACGAUUGGAGAUGAGGCACAGCUAGACCACUCCGCGUAGUUUGAGUAUACGACAGAUCUCAUUGUUGCGCUCACGUGCUCCGUUCACCAUUCACCUCCCAUUCACCUCCCACCAGCCCGUAACGCCGCGAAGCUUAUUCCACGACACUUGCUUUCCCUACUUAUUCAGCAGGCACCUCUCCUCCACCGA